AUGUCUUGCACCAUCAUCGACUUCGCCAACUACGUUAGCGACGGCGACUCUCGCCUCUGGCCAACCCUAGGCCCUAACCAAGGCCAACGUCAAGCUCAGCCUCUCGCUCCCCUGCUCGUGGUCCUCAGAGACUACAUCCUAGCCCACCAUGCCUUGGAAUUCGUGCCCUUCAACGGCAGUCUUCGCGUCCUGAACCUGCCCCCGGGCUACAUCGCCACGGUGUAUACCAACGCCAAAGGCAGGCCUGUCCAUACCUGCCACGGCCAUCCCCGUGGAGGUCAAUGGACCUCCUUUGUCAGCUUCAUCCCCCACAUCAUCGCAAUCUUGCGUGGUGAUGUUGCUCGUUGUGGUUGCGUGCUCUGCGGUCGCUACCGUGGCCAGGGUACCCCGGCUCGCAAGCUCCCCCGCCCCUUCUGGCAGAUCCGCUAG